AUGUCUGGUUUAGUUUCCGCUAUCUUGGGCACUCCUGCAGAUCUUAUCAAGACACGACUUAUGAACAGUCGUGCCCCUUCAUCCGGACGAUCCCAUGGUACUCAGAUCACCCCAAUACCUCCCAAUACGGAUGUAAAGGCAUCAACCUUUCUGGCAUCCGGUUCGACACAUAUGCAGACCUCUUCAGCUCCCAGCUCUGCUGGAUAUUCUGGAUUACCUUCACUACCACAGGAGCAGCACUACAGCGGGAUGCUUGAUUGCGCUCGCAAAGUAGUUCGUUACGAAGGUCCUUUAGCUCUGUACAGAGGAUUUUUCCUAAUUUGGGCCCGAAUGUUUGUUAAAUCAGUAUUUAUUAUUGCUCUCGAUUUCUCUGAUUACUUAGAAGUGAUCAAGACAUUAGAUGUUCAUAUCUUUGAAGUGGAGCACAUAUUUUACUUUAUCCUUUAUAGUCGUUUUAAUUUUUUAAACAUAUUCUAUUUAAUUUAUGAUCCGUUUAGUUCAUCAUGCUAG